UUAAAGCGUUGCUCCUCUUACUCCUAUUUAUAAACUUAUAAUUUUUCUUCAUGUUUAAAGUCUUUAUCAGUAGUUCGUCACCUAAACAUUAUGAAUGGUUUGUGGACUAGUUUCACUCAAGCUGUAUUCCUGCUGUUGAAAAUUAAAUAUGAAUAGCAGCAGAUCGGAUGCCUCCACUUCCACCGAGGACAUGAAGACGCGUCCGUUGUGCCUGUACUACUUUACGCACCCAUUUGGCGUGCUGUCCCCGGAGCCGCCGCGCUUGGCCGCCUUUGUGCCUACCGCGCCAGCAGCCCCCACCGCGCCCGCCGAGUCCUCCGCAACCUACGCGCCCACCGCUUCUACCGCCUUCGACCUGGCCAACUGGGCGCGGAUGACGUGUGCCAGUUCCUGGUUCUCCGAGGACAUGUGGUCGUGGUAUGGUGGGCGAGCAAGCGCGCGCUUGCCGCCGCUGCGCGUGCGCCGCUUGCUCAGCGGCGUCCCAGGAGGCGCGGGAGGCGGGGGGAUCGGCGCGCGCACGCCCCCGCGCAGCCGUCGUGCGCUACCACCGCUGCCCGAGCCGCCGCCCAUUGCGCCCUCGCUCCGCGCCGCACCUCGCUCGCCGCGGCCCGGCUCGGCUCGUGCGCGGCUAUCGCGCAAGAUGGCUCGCUCCCUGCACACUACCUUCAUACGUGGGCGAGAGGAGCGCAGAGUGCGCGGCAAACACGGCGGCGCGCCCGCGGCCUGGGCGCUGCCGGCGCAGACGCACACUUCGCGGUCAGUACCUCGCCCUCGGUUGCGCACGCUGCUUCCAUAUAUACUCUUAAUCGCACUCGCACCAGCUCCCAGGUUCUGA